CUGCCGCUUAUUUUACCUCUUACAGUGCAUGAGGAUAAUUUACCGUAAUUUGCGGAAUAACGACGGCAAGGAGCGAAUCUCAAACAAAUUGCCUGCUCAAGCUUUCAAGCUCAGGAUUGUUUAGUGUGUGUGCUGCGGUUCGGGUUGAUUAAAUAUUCAAUGAAAGUGUACCCGUAAAAAUAAACUUGAAAAUCAGUCACAGCGAAGAUCCUUAACCAUGAAGAGGACUCGAAUCAACUCGUGCGGAAAGAACGAGACCCAUGAAUGGCAGAACUGGGCUAAGGCGGAAAAAUAGCAACACCAUGGACAAGAAACGACAAAAGACAAACCAAGUUGUGCGGACAUUAAACAGACACUUUGUUAAAGUGAGAUUUAAAAAUUUUUUGGAUUGUGUGGUGUUUGUGUGCGUGUUCGUCCUGUGUAUUAGUAAAGUGCAGUGUAACAGACCUCCUAGAUUUUUAAUUAACGGCCAAACCGAAAUUGUUUUAAGACUGAAAGAAGGCAAGGAGACGCCAGUGGGUACCUUAAUUUAUAAACUACAAGGAACGGAUCCUGAUGGUGACCCUCUUAGCUUCGGAGUCAGAUCUCAACCGGGUAGCGACGUUAUACGCGUUGAAAACAUAUCGCCUAGUGAAGCAGACGUCUAUCUUAAUAAGGAACUAGAUAGAGAAACGCGAGAUGAGUACCCGUUAGUUUUAACCUUAACUGAUGGCCGCCUUGGACAAGGUAAUUACGUCACUCAAAGUCUUUUAUUGCUAGUCGAAGAUGUCAACGAUAACACACCGAUAUUCACGAGUCAUCAAUCGUCGAUUGUAUUGCGAGAGGACGCCACGCCGGGAGUUAUAGCCACCUUGGAGGCUACAGACGCAGACGAGGGGGCUUACGGUCAGGUGGUUUAUCAUUUGAGGGAGGACGAUGGGGAGAGUACUUUAUUUAGUGUUAGUACGGCCGGGGGAAAAGCAAUAGUACGCUUAGUAGGUUCUUUAGAUUACGAAAAACAAACUUUGCACCAACUCAAAGUACUAGCGGUUGAUCGAGCGAAACAAGGAAGGGUCAACACAGGUGUAGCCGCUCUUCUGGUAAAAGUCGAAGAUGUGGAAGACCAACCACCUGAGUUUGUUAGAGUUACUUCGGUCGCUCGAGUUGCCGAAAAUGCACCAAUCGGAAGCUCCGUUCUUCAAGUAACCGCGAUUGAUGGUGAUCGUGGUGUUAAUAACCCAAUCAAAUACUCGUUAUCGUCCAACACCAUCAACAAAAUCUCCGAUGUGUUCAUUAUCGAAGAAAGCACCGGAGCGGUACUAACUGCCAAAAAUUUAGACCGAGAAUCUCUCUCCACGAGUUCCGGUACUUACAUCCUCCAGAUAACGGCCACCGAAUUCGGGGGUAAAGUCAAACCUUCCCCUAGCGUCACCACAGAGGUGACCGUAAUCAUCACCGAUAUCAACGACGAGAGUCCAAAAUUUAGGAGUGAGUAUUAUGAAUGCGAGAUAGCGGAAAAUGCACCAGUCAACACACCACUGACCUUCCUGGGUUCCGCCAUGCCUGAAGUCUACGACCACGACCAGGGAAUUAAUGGUACGUUUCAGUUGUACGUAAAAGGUGCCAGCGAUACUUUUGAAAUAACGCCCACGAAAGUCAUAAAUGAAGCUACGUUUAUGAUUCGGGUGAGGAACUCGUCUUUGUUGGACUUCGAGCGGAUCAAAGCGAUCAAUUUCACUGUGGUGGCGAAAGAAGUGGUUAAGUAUAAUCCGAAGUUUACUGAAGUGCCCGUGAUCGUACGCAUCUCAGACCGCAACGAUAACUACCCGGAGUUUACAAAAAACGUUUAUGAGGUCUUCGUACCGGAAAAUUGCGAUGUUGGUACUACGGUGGCUUGGGUACAAGCUCUCGAUGAUGAUUCAGGUGUUUUUGGCACUAUGGGGAUUCGCUACACCCACUUAGCGGGAAGCAUUCAACACAUGUUAGACCUUCAUCCCACCACCGGCGUAAUCUCGGUGAAAAAAGCCGGCGGUCCCAACUGGGACCGUGAACAAGUGUCCCGCCACUACCUAACCGUAGAGGCCCGCGACGACCUAGGCGUCGGCAACCGCAACACCGUCCAACUCAUCAUCAACAUCGAAGACGUCAACGACAACGCCCCCAUCUUCACCCAAAGCCGCUACGAAGCCCGCCUCCUCGAAAACCGCCUCGACUUCGAAAACCCGCUCAAGGUAGAAGCCAGAGACGCGGACCUAAACGGGACCAAAAACAGCGAGAUCGAGUACUCCGUCUUCGGCGAACUGGGCUACAACUUCACCAUGGACCCCGCUUCCGGCGUCAUCAAGCCCGUCGGGCCCCUCGACUUCGAGCUCCUCGAGGGCUCCUCGAGCGAGAACAUCCGGCAGUUGCAUUUGACCGUUCGGGCCAGAGACUGGGGCAAUCCUAGCUUAUUCAGCGACGUCCCAUUGCAUAUUUAUGUCCAGGAUGUGAACGACCACGCGCCCGUCUUCGAGUAUUCCGUCUACAAUAAAUCCGUGCCGGAGAAUAUCCCCGGUGGCACAUCUAUUCUCCAAGUUAGAGCCAAGGAUUUCGACGGGUCUUCCCCGAACAAUCGAAUCGUAUACAGAAUUCAAAAUGGAGCUGCCGAUAAAUUUAUAAUUGGGGCAGAGAGCGGCGUUAUUUCCGUGGCGAGAGGAGCCUCGUUAGAUCCUGACUUAACCCAACCCAGAACGUUGCAUUAUUCCUUAAACGUAGUAGCCCUGGAUGGAGCUCCCGGAGAAAAUCAAUUGCAGGCCGCGGUUACGGUUAAUGUCAGCAUAUUGGAUGUUAAUAAUAAAAGUCCGGUGUUCUAUGAACCCGAUACAAUUACAGUGCGCGAAAACACGGCGGUUGGUAGCGUCAUAGCCAAACUGAAGGCUAAGGAUCUGGACAACACAGCCCACUUGGUAUACAUGAUCGACCCCAAAGCCUGUGCUGCUAAAACCGAAAGAGGGGUUCUUUUAAAAGCCAGCGACUUUAAUUGUAGUGAAACUUUUCAUUUGAACCCCUCUUCCGGAGUAUUAACUAUUGCUACACAAUUAGAUCGUGAAGUAGUAGAAAAGGUACAAAUGGGAUUAAUCGUAGAAGACACAGCGUCCGAAACCGGAAAACAACUAGCUACUACUACAAUCACCAUCGUCAUUGAAGAUAUUAAUGACAAUAGCCCCAAAUUCCAAAAGCCAUUCUAUAAGUUCUCCAUCACUGAAAACAGCAAGAAUGGGGUUACAAUCGGUAAUGUGUUGGCUGAUGAUGCUGAUAAGAACAAAACAAUAACUUACACUCUUGAUGGACGUUAUGAAAUAACAGAACUCAUUCAUUUGGACAGCGACUCUGGCGAUUUAAUUGUUGCAAACAAGAUAGACCAUGAACUUUACGAAUGGCUAAAUUUAACGGUUAAAGCAACUGACUCAGGCUUUCCCCCGCGCUUUUCCCGAGUGGAAAUUUUCAUCCAAAUUUUAGACGAAAACGACAAUAAUCCCUACUUCCUGCUGGAACCGCAAUCUCUGCUGAUAUCCGAAGACACCACAGUGGGUAGACAAGUCGCAAUAAUCGAAGCUCGCGAUUCCGAUUCCGGCGAGUACGGAAAAAUCACCUAUUUGCUCGAUCGGCUCUCAUCUCAAGGAAAAUUCAGUCUGGAUGCUGACACCGGCAUUCUAAAAGUAUCUGACGGAUUAGAUCGAGAGGAAAAACAAAACUACCUGCUCGUAAUCGAAGCCUGGGACAACUACCAAUACGGUUUCAGCAGCGGCGAGAGCCGAAACGCCUUCAAACACAUCAACGUGACCAUCCUAGAUGUUAAUGAUAACCCUCCGCAAAUCCUUGUUCCGCCUUACUGCAUCAACAUCACGGAAUUUCAUGAACCGGGGCAAACCAUUACCACAUUUCACGCUUCGGACGCCGAUGAUCCAAAUACAUCAAACGGACAGGUGAUCAUCGACAUAUCUGACGGCAAUCAAAAGAAUUUUUUCGCGCUUCAACAAAUCAGUGAAUGGACGGCUGAACUGAGGACGACGACGUCGUUGAGAGGGAGACAUGGAAACUACACUCUUAGUAUAAGGGCACAGGAUUUGGGGACACCGAGUCACUUGGUGGAGGAACCCAUUCACAUUUGUGUUACCGAUUUUAACGACCAUCCGCCUCUAUUUGUCAGCCCUCCACACAAUUCGACCCUUCGCGUCCCAGAGAACGCCACUGUUGGAAGCGCGUUGGUUAAAAUAGUCGCUACAGAUGAAGACGUCGGGGCUAACGGUGUAGUCCGAUAUCGUCUAAAAGUUGACCCUGCCGGACAUUGGAAGAGUUUCAAUUUACAACCGGUUUCAGGAAUUUUGGAAUUAAGGUUACCACUAAGCAGAAAAAAGCAAAAAGUUUACGACAUCAGAAUCGAAGCUUACGAUCUUGGAGUCCCGUCACUCAGUUCAGACCUAGAUCUCACGAUCUACGUAAGCAACAUCAACGACUACCAACCACAGUUUCUAGUAGAUGAAUUUACAACCAACUUCACAGAAAACAAGAUCGCGGGAGUGGAAAGUAGACUCCUGCCUGAAACCGUGGAUAGAGACGAGAUGGAAUUUGACGGUCCGUUUACCCCAAUUUGCUACUUCAUAGUAGGUGGCAAUGAAAAUGGGUUAUUUAAAUUGCGACCUAUCGAACAUCUCUUAACGGUUACUAGACCUUUAGACCGUGAAGAAAAGGAUAGUCAUCUGCUUUUAAUUAAGGCCACUGAAGAUUGUUCAAAGCCACCACGGAACGAAAGUUUCUUUGAUGCUUCAGAUGACACCCAAUUAAAAGUGUUGGUCAAGGUGUUAGAUGUUAAUGACAACCCACCGCAGUUUAUCCACAGGGUAUUCACAGGGGGUGUCAGCACCGCCACUAGCUUUGGAACGACGUUCAUGGAAGUGAAGGCUGAAGACGCCGAUCUAGGGAAAAACGCAAUCGUGUCCUACUACCUCAUCGGAAAAAUCCAAAUGACCCUCACCGAAGGUUUAGACAGUUUAAAAAGGGAGCCGUUUUUGGUCGACAGAGACACAGGCGCUAUACAAUUAAAUUUUGACCCUCAGCAAGGCAUGAAAGGCUAUUUUGACUUCAUGGUGUUGGUGAAUGAUACAGGGGGUCUUCAAGAUAUGGCUAGAGUUUUCAUUUAUCUUUUAAGAGCCGACCAAAGAGUUAGGUUUGUUUUGAGGCAACAACCCCCCGAAUUGAGGAACAAAAUUGAGGCUUUUAGAGAAAUUUUGGGCAACGUGACCGGAGCGAUUGUGAACGUCGAUGAAUUUCGUGUCCAUGCCAACCAUGAUGGUACUAUAGACAAAACCAGAACAGAUUUGUACUUGCAUCUAGUGGACAGACGAGACAACUCGAUUAUAGAAGUAGAUGAAGUUCUGAGAUUAGUAGAUCAGAAUACGGAAAAACUAGACGGGUUAUUCAAGGAGUUCAACGUUUUGGACACACAACCAGGAGGAAGCCUCGCCCUAAAAAUCGCCAAAGGUGCUAACACCACCUUCUGGUUAACAGCAGCGACUUUAUUCCUUUUGCUGCUUCUACUCUUGUGCCUCGCUUUAUGCAUCAACCAAAGACAAACCUACCACAGAAAACUAAAAGCAGCCACCGCCACCGCUUAUGUACACGCAGAUUCCGAUCUUGACGGCCGUGGACUUAGUGCCUUGAGUGGCAGGGUCCCCAACACCAACAAACACAGCAUGGAAGGAAGCAACCCCAUAUGGAUGCAAGCUUACGAAAACGAAUGGUACAAAAACGCUGAUGAAUUUAGCCAAAACUCGGAGCACGACUCCUUGGACGAAAACGUGGUCAGCUGUGGCGAGCUUCCCCACUGUAAUAAUCUACAGCAUGUUAAUAAUAACGUGCGACCGCAAAAUGUGUAUCAGACUUUACCUCCGGCUUUACCGCGGAGGAAACUUGAAACAACUGAACUGUAAAAAAAUGACAGCCGCUUGCGUCUUGCGUCGGCUAGGCAACACACAAUACUCGUGCGAUGGCAGGAUGUCUAUAUUUAGACUUGUUGUUACGGAUGGUGAUGUUGCAAGAUAUUUGGAUUGCCUUAAUGCAAAUAAUAAAAGAAAAUUAUAAACGAUAACUGUGACGAAACGCUAUUUAUAAAUAACCACAAAGUAUUAAUAAAUGUGUGAAUUUGUACGUAAACACCUGCCAUGGAUGGAAGGUGGACAUCUGGCGCGUAUAUGUGUAAAUUUUCGAAUGUCGUCCCAAAUUUUAUUUUUGUCCUUAGGCUACUUGGGUGAAAAUGCGUUUUACUUUUAAGUUCGAAGCGUGAUACAACCGCAGGUGCGAUUAAGAGCCUGUUUGCAACAAUGUUGAGCCGUGUUUACCGACACGUGUGGAAUUUUAUAGUUGUUUUAAUUUCCUCCAUUGCAUAAACCUCUUG